UUAAAAACCCGGCAUAAAAACAGGUCUCCCAACAAGGACAUGGCUUCAAAUGAAAGAGAGAUUGUGGUUUGGGUUUGCCAGGAAGAGAAGAUUGUAUGUGGCCUGACAAAGCGCACAACUUGCGCAGAAGUGAUUCAGGCACUGCUUGAGGAACAUCAGGCGACAUUUGGAGAGAAAAAGGUCCUCUUUGGAAAACCUAGUGACUACUGCAUUGUAGAAAAAUGGAGAGGCUCGGAGCGAGUACUUCCUCCCUUGACAAAGAUUCUGAGACUUUGGAAGGCCUGGGGGGAAGAGCAGGCUAAUUUGCACUUUGUGUUGGUAAAGUCAGAUGCUUUCCUCUCAUUUCCAUUGUGGAAGACAGCUGAAGCUAAGGUGGUACAAAAUGUAGAAAAACAGUGGGAGCUCAGUCCAGCAAAUUACAUGAAGAUGUUGCCAAUAGACAAGCAAAAGAAAAUUGUCAGGAAGACUUUCCGGAAACUGGCCAAGCUUAAACAGGAUAGUGUUCAGCAAGAGAGAGAUAAUAUGGAGACACUGAUUCAUCUGAUCAUUUCUCAAGAUCACACCAUUCAUCAACAAGUCCUUAGAAUGAAGGAACUAGAUAGGGAAAUUGAAAAAUGUGAAGCGAAAUUCCAUCUAGAUCGUGUGGCCCAUGAUGGAGAAAAUUAUGUGCAGGACUCCUAUUUAAUGAUCAAUCCAAGUGAAGCGGAGCAGCAAGGGAGUAGGCCAGAUGAUCAAAAAGAGUUGCAUGACUAUUUGAGCAAAAGUGAGGGAAUUUUGCAGGUUGAAGAGAGACUGAAACAUCACAAACAGUUAAUAGAGAAGCUGUGUGCUGAAAUUGAAAAAGAGGUACAUGGUGUAUGCACAGAAAAUAAUGGAGGUGAUGUUCACACAGAAGGAGCUGCUAAUGCUGAACUGGAAAACUCAAAUUUGGAAAGUGUAAAAUAUGAGCUGGAAAAAAGUAUGAAAGAUGGACUGAGAAUCAAUUCAUACUUGAGCUGCAUUCAGAAAGAACUUACAUACAGGGACUCACUGCUUCAAAAGAAGGAAAAAGAAUAUGAACUUCUUACAGAAGAAUUUAAUUUACUGCAUGUGAAAGACAACAUUGAAACUAGGCUUCCAUCAAAUGAAGAGCCAUCCAAGGGCAGCGGCAUCUCCAGUAACAGCAUGGCUGUUCCUGACUUUGUUCAUAGAGUGACUAAUCUGGACAUAAAUGAUACAGACUCUGACACUGGAAUCAGCUCUACACACAGUCAGGACUCUGAAAUAACUUCAGGGGACAUGGUACUGUUGUCAACAUAGUUGAAAACAGUCACACAUUUAUGAAAAGUAUUUUAGAGGAUAUUUAUAAGAAUUAGUAAACCUUGUUGUCUUGAGAUUUCAGCCCUUCAAGAUGUUAAAACUGCGGCACCACUUUAGCCAAGUAAACA